CGCGGUGCGCACGCGCAUCCUCGCAUCACGCCAUCGGAAACCUCCGCCAGCUGCGCACGCUCGCACGCCCUCCCGCCGUCACAUCAGGUUUUUCCCCGUUUAUUUAUUUAAUUUGGACCUUAUAUAAUGAUACCCGUCGACUUAAGGCAGACAUUGGCACGGUGAGCCGAGCGUCCCAACUGCCUGACAGCGCCGACCCGGAUAAGUGCUGAGCCUGCGCCCCACGCCGAGCGGUGCGUUCACACAGUCUGCAGCUGGAAGGGUAGCGGCAGCAUCCCCCGUCCUCCUCGCACUGCGCUCAGCAUGACGGACCCCAGCCUCGCAUCGCCCUCCGCCACGCCGCUCCGAUCCCCCGUCGCCCCCCUUACCGUGUCCUUCCCCUUCCUGAGGGAGGGCAGUCGGGUUUGGGAAGAAAGGGGGGAGCAGGCGCUACCGAGAGAACUCCCCAGCCCACUGCCAACCAAACGUACUCGCACGUACUCAGCCACGGUCCGUGCCCACUCGGGCCCAGUGUUCAAGGGCGUUUGUAAGAACUUCUCAAGGUCACAGGGUCACGGGUUUAUCCGGCCAAGCCACGGCGGUGAAGACAUCUUCGUUCACAUCUCAGACAUCGAUGGGGAAUACGUUCCCGUCGAGGGCGACGAGGUCACAUACAAAGUGUGCAGAGUCCCCCCCAAGAACCUGAAGGUGCAGGCGGUGGAGGUGAAGAUAAUUCAUCUGAACCCGGGCACGAAACACGAGACCUGGUCCGGGCAGAUCAUCAGUUCUUAGGUUUGAGCUCCAGGUCGGCGGAUGUCGAUUCGGGACUGAAAAUCUACAUCAUGCGCAUGUUUCCUUUUUACGUUACAGUUUUACCCACCCGUUCAGGACUGCGCCCCCACUUAACUGUAACGGUAUCGGACAUUUUAUUUACGUUGGUACAAGACCUACAAAGAAGGAGUCAAGGAUGACUUGAGGUGCCAAGCAUGGUUCCUUACCUUAGAUUUAGCAUACUUCCUUCCUUCAUACUUAAAAAAACAAAAACCAGCUCAAAAUAUUGUUCUUGGUACUUAAGGUAAACCGCGAGUGACACUGCAAGGGUAACUAGUCACUAGUAACCUUGUAACUAGUUACAAGGGUAACUAACUGACACCGUACAAGGAUUUUUUUUUUUAAUUUGUACGAGUAACAAAUAUUUGAGCAUUAAAACUGGAAAAAGUAGCUUUUUUUUAAAUGAAUGGCAUAGUUAACGAGUCUUCCCGGCAAAAAAAAAAAUUCUAUAGAAAUUCUAUAGAAAUGAUAGAAUUCAAUAGAAUUUGUACAGAACAACUUGUUCCAUAGAACUUUGGCUGUGAUUUUCUAUAGAAUUUCUACAGAACAAAAUGUUUCUAUAGAAAUUCUAUAGGACUUGGGUACGAGAGUUCUAUAGUUCUUUCGAAAUUCUUUAGAACGACUUUAGAAAUGUUCUUUAGAAUUUUUUUUAGCAGGGUUUGUAACGACUAAUUCUGUUAUUUACAGAAAAAGAAAGGAGCACUCGAGGAGGCAACACGGAACAUGCAUAUCAUUUAUUUUAUUGUUAAAUGGAAAAGCAACAUGAGUAUUUUCUGUUAUCGUCUCGUGCUUAUUUCUUGUCAUGAUUGAACUGUUGAUCUUCUGUCGUAUCAAAGUGAGGGAAAAUGUGAACCUCCACUAACGCCAAAAAAAGAGCAGUCCGGUUCCGCUCAUUUUGCUGUCCUAUUUCAAAGCAUAUAAUGGAUGGAACCAUGAACUGAUUCAAAUACUCCUUGUAUGUUUUAUUUUUUGUAUCCUUAGUCUUUAUAAUAGUAGACAACAUGACUUUGUAGUUGGCCAUUGUUACAGAACUGUUGUUUGUGCUGUAGUAUUUCAGGUUGUGAUCACUUACAAUGUGUUUUGACUCUACUACAACCUCUAUGUCACUCCCUGAAAUGUCAACAUUGGAUGAACUUUGUCGGCCCCCCCCCCCUUUUUUUUGUUGGUAGCUUCUACUGAGCCUCGGAAUUACAUGAAA